ACAACAACACUGACAUAUCAGUUCCACAACUCACUCACUCACUCACUUUCUCUCUCUCACUGUCGGCAAAACAUACUUCUCUGGGGGUAAAAUGCAGCUCUCUCCGGUCAUCAUCUUAGCCACGCUCUGCAUUGUCCUGCAACUUCUCGUUACCUCCUCCGCUCCAGUGACGACCAAUAGCCACGCGUCAAACUCCCAUUGGCUUCCUGCAGUGGCCACCUGGUACGGAAGCGCCAACGGUGACGGAAGCGAUGGAGGAGCGUGUGGCUACGGUACGUUGGUGGACGUGAAACCGUUACAUGCGAGGGUUGGAGCGGUGAACCCUAUCCUCUUCAAGAACGGUGAAGGCUGCGGAGCCUGUUACAAAGUUCGUUGCUUGGACAGGAGUAUAUGUUCCCGGAGAGCCGUCACCGUCAUCAUCACCGACGAGUGUCCCGGCUGUUCGAAGACCAACACUCACUUUGAUCUCAGUGGUGCGGCUUUUGGUCGAUUGGCUAUCUCAGGAGAAUCUGGUCCCCUCCGCAACCGUGGUCUCAUUCCCGUGAUUUACCGCCGGACGGCAUGCAAGUAUAGAGGGAAGAACAUAGCGUUCCAUGUGAACGAAGGAUCGACUGAUUUUUGGUUGUCUCUGCUCGUUGAGUUCGAAGAUGGGGAAGGCGACAUUGGCUCCAUGCAUAUUCGCCAAGCAGGAGCGAGUGAAUGGCUGGAGAUGAAGCAUGUAUGGGGAGCCAACUGGUGCAUUGUUGGAGGACCACUCAAAGGACCGUUCUCCAUCAAGCUCACCACUUUGUCAGCCGGUAAAACACUGUCAGCUACCGACGUGGUGCCUAGAAACUGGGCUCCUAAAGCAACUUACACUUCCCGCCUUAACUUCUCCCCCGUCCUCUGAAAGCCUCAUAUACCUAUUCGUACUACUAUUUGUGUCAUAUUUUAUUUUGAAGAGAUAAAUAGAGGGUGACGGCUGACCGUAGGAUGGCAACUGUAAUUGAGUCCAUCCGAAUCCAACGGGUCCUGCGGUCUCUCCUCUUACCCCUUGUAUUGUGGAUUUGCGUGUGUUGUGUCUUGUGUGUGUCGGUGAGUGUGUAGGAGUCACUGUAGCCAUCUCCAAAGGGGAGAUAGAGCUAGGAAUAGUAUUUGGUGGUGUCAUGCUUCUUUUCCUAUCUAAUUCUUGUCAUUUUCUCCUUCUAUUGUGGGACAUUGCAUGCUAUAUCAUCAUAUGAAUAUUUGUCACU